CCAAAAACCACGAGCCCGAAACCACCGAUCUCACCCCCAUCUCCCGCCGCGCUUUACUACUACUACUACAUUCCAUCCGAGCGGCGCCAACCCACCCGAUCGACCGAGAGAUCACGCGGCAACCAGCCAACCCCGGAGACCCACGGAAACAACUCGUCUGCAAUGUGCAGAGGAACGGUGGACGACCUCCGCCCGCUCGGAGCCCGGCGGCGGCUCGAGGUACGGGCGUUCUACCUCCGCCUCUCCUCGUCAUCCACGUCCACGUCGGCGCCGCCCGCGGAGCUCACGCUCGUGUACCGCCCGGCCAUCGGCGGCGCGGCGCUGGAGCUGGCCGGCCGCGCGCUCCCGCCGGCCUGCCCCGCCGAGGUCACCCUCCUGCGCGUGCGCGGCAACGACGACGCGCCGGCGUACGGGAGCGCGGACCGCGUCUCUGCCGCCGAGGGCGCGCGGUUCGAGGUGUACGCCGGGAAGGAGGGGCUCGCGGCGGAGGGCGCCUUCGCGCGGCGCAACGGCGGGUGGCGCGUCGAGUGCCGCCGCCCGGUCGCGUCGCACGCGCGCGUCGUGGAGGUGCUGGUCCUCGCGGAGGGCGGCGUGGUCGUAAGAGCCAGGGCCAGGGCGUCGGCGGCGAGGAGGAUGGGAUGCGCCACGCGGCUCGAGGGGAUACCGGAGGAAGAGGACGCGCCGUGCGAGUGCGGGGCGUGCGGAGACGAGUGGGAGAUGGUCGGCCACGUCGGCGACGAGUUCAAGGAGCACGAGGAGGAGGUUGAGGCGGAAACGAUGCGGUGGGCGCUGGAGAUGGGUGCCUGGGCGGUGUGCGUCGGGGUCGGGCUGCUCGCCACCGCCCGCCGGUUCAGCCGGAGGCGGCCCGCGCUCCGGUGAUCCCGCCAAGAGUCAAGUGUACGUGUUCGCCAGGAUUUUGUAGUACGUAGCCUCCUGUUUCUUAAGAAGUUCUCAAGAUUGUAGUAUGUAUAUACACGCGAAUCAAUCAACAGUCAAGACAUCAGAUGCCAUCUUACAAA